AUGGGAGCCUUUGGAGUGAUAAUAGGGAUUUUACAUUACGCGGGACUUUACAUUCAACUCAACGCAGCUCUCAACGUCGGACACAGUGAGGUGGACAAUCACAUCUCUGGAAAUGCUCUCUUUACAGAGGUGCCACACGACAUCACGACACACAGCGGUGAGGAUGUCGAGAUGGCCUGCUCCUUCCGUGGGGCGGGCUCUCCCUCCUACUCUCUUGAGAUCCAGUGGUGGUACAUCAAGGACCACAGAGACUGGCAAGAAAAACCUGUACAGAUCACUGAUAAUGUUGUGCCCCUGGAGAAGACGUCCAAAGAUGCCACUAAAAUUAGUGUGGUGAAAGUGGCUGGCAGCAAUAUCUCCCACAAGCUACGUCUGUCCAGUGUCAAACCGUCAGACGAGGGCACGUAUGAGUGCCGUGUUAUUGACUUCAGUGGCACCAUGGCGCAGCAGCACCGUGUUCGGGCCUACCUCCAGGUGGAGCUGGAGCGCGGACAAGAGUCGGAUGACAUACAGCUCCAGGAACCAGGGCACCAGUCACAAAGGAACACAGUCCACCCUCACCCUCACCACCAGACAGAGGGCAGGGAACUGAAGAGGAGAUCAGCUGACAGCACCACUGACUGCAAUGAGAGCUGUCUGCUUUAG